CCUAAAGUGGACAGUGAUAGAGAUAUGCUACUCCAUCACCCUCUUCUCUUCUCUAUAAAUGGAACACAACACUUGUGUCAAAACAAACACUUCAAUUCCUCAAACUCCUUCGCAACUAUUCAACGCUUGCCAAAGCAAACUCACGCCUCAAACUUCAAAUCUCCCAAGGGAGAACAACUGCCACCACUCAAAGCAGACAUGUUCGACGAAAGCCAAAGCCAUCAUCACCACGACGACGUUUUCAGCGAGAGCAAGGACUCCGGAGUGACUGAAGAGGCAACGGCGGUUCACGUCAAAGAAGAGAUGGAUGACUGUGCCUUUAACGGUUUCAUGGAUAAGACCCCGAAACCGAUGGAAGGCUUGCAUGACAUGGGACCCCCUCCGUUCCUGAAGAAGACCUUCGAUAUGGUGGAGGACCCUAAGACUGACCCCGUUGUCUCAUGGAGUCAAACUCGCGAUAGUUUCGUCGUUUGGGACUCCCAUGAAUUCUCCAAAACCCUUCUUCCCAAAUACUUCAAGCACAGCAAUUUCUCCAGCUUCAUUCGCCAGCUCAACACCUAUGGCUUCAGGAAGGUUGAUUCAGACCGUUGGGAGUUUGCGAAUGAAGGAUUCCAAGGAGGGAAGAGGCAUUUGCUGAAAAACAUAAGGAGGAGGGGCAAGUACAACAGACUGCAUCAGGGAACUUUCAAUAUGAUGAAGCCAGGCGUGGAGGCUGAAUUGGAGAAACUGAAGAAGGACCAAAACAUUUUGAAGGUGGAAAUUCUGAAACUGAGGCAGCAGCAGGAGAAUUCGCAUGUUCAGCUCACUAAUGCUCAGGAGAGAGUUCGGUGUGCAGAGAUGAAGCAGUAUCAGAUGAUGUUUUUCCUCACUAGAAUGGCUAGAAGGCCCGCNUUUGUUGAGCAGUUAAUCCAAAAGAUUAGGAGGAAAAGAGAGCUUGAUGGUAACGACAUGGUUAAGAGGCCUAGAUUGAUGGUGAACCCCUGCUAUGUACCCUUCCCAAAGACCACGGAAACAACCCCUGAUGUUGAUUACAGACAUCAAAGUCAUAAACAAUUCCCUUCAAUGCAAUCCGAGCUCGACGGAUUUCUGUCUGAAACUGUGAACAUCAGCAAGAUGGAGCACCCGACUCCCUCUCCCUUGGAAGAUGAAUUGUGUAACCCUGUGCAAGGGUCAAGGGCCCAUGGUUGUUCUAGCGCAAAUGCGCCAGAUGCUUCUUCUGCCUAUCAUGUUAUGUCAGAAAAACUAAUGCGGGAAAAUUCUGUAGUUGACGAAGAACUAGAUGUGAAUGACUCUAAUAUCUAUCUUGAAUUGGAGGAUUUGAUCACUAAGCCAUCGGAUUGGUCUCUUGGAUCUGCAAAUGGAUUGGUGGAACAAACUAGUUGAAGUGGCUGUCCCUUGUAAUGGUGUGUGUGUGUGUGAAGAUGCCCUGCUGCUUUGAAAGUGCAGGACCUAGUUGCUCGCCCCAGCUUUUUAUAUGAUGAAGCGAGAAUUUUCAUGUUUGUGUUUGGUCGGGUCCAAAUUGUUCGUAUGUUGUACAGCCCUUUCCUCCCUUGGUGUUCCGUUCCUUAACAUAGGCUCUUAAGUCAUACAUCGGCAUGGCCAUAGCUAAGACUUUUAUGAUGUAGGUUGUAAAUUUGUAUUAACAUGGUUUAUCGUUCACUACUUCCGGUUUA